GAACCUUUUUCAUGCAAUGGCCGUUUGGUCGCGAUCGGUCGACACGUGUUUCGCAAGAAUAUAACCUAACAUGGAAUGCGAAAUAAAUCCGGUUCAUUAAUGCAAUAACGUGAAAGGUCAACUGAUUUAACACGAUAAAUUGCGAAUGCAGUGAAACCAAAGCAAGGAAAAGCAUUACAAAGAACGAACAUAGCAUUCGGAACAACAGCAGAUAAUGCAGCUGCUGUAUGUGAGCGAAGGAUACUGCCCGCACCAAAUUUAUAUGAAUCAUCUUCUAUGACGAUCUUCGUCUAUUGAUACACAUUUAGUAAAAUUAAUUAGGACACUUUAAAUUAAUUUAUUACCUAUUUCGGUCAAGAAGGAUUUUCGUAUCCUCUGUGAAGGUACUGUACUUAUAAAAAUGGUGAACGAAGUGUUUGACCAGUCUCCCAGGGAGAUACACCUUCUAAACUCAGAUGAUGAGGCGUCUAUUCAGUCACCCUCUAAGAAUUCAUUGGACCUUAAGAACAAGGUGCAGAUGAAGAAGCAGUUGGGGCUUUUGGAAGGAGUAGCUAUUAUAUUGGGAAUUAUAUUUGGCUCGGGUAUUUUUACCACGCCAAAGGGUGUGAUACAAGAGGUAAGCAGUGUAGGAUUGUCGCUGAUCAUAUGGGUGCUGUGUGGCCUGCUCUCCAUGAUAGGUGCGCUGUGUUACGCGGAAUUGGGAACUAGCAUACCUCGCAGUGGAGGUGACUACGCUUACAUUCACGAGGCUUUCGGCGCGUUGCCUGCAUUCUUGUACUUAUGGGCCGCUAACUUAAUUUUCGUACCUACAACAAACGCUAUCAUGGGGCUGACCUUUGCUCAGUACGUUCUACAACCUUUCUUUCCCAACUGCACUAUUCCGGAUGGCAGCGUGCGACUAAUCGCGGCAUUGAGCAUAUGUUUGCUGACGUUUCUCAAUUGCUACGACGUGAAAGAGACUUCUAAGAUACAGAAUGUAUUUAUGUUCGCUAAAGUUGGAGCGUUGGUGAUCAUUAUCAUAGCUGGUUUAGUCUGGCUGGCUAUGGGGCACACGGAAAACUUCGUAGACUCUUUCAAAAACACGACUACCAAUCCUGGCAAGAUCGCAGUAGCCUUCUACUCCGGCAUAUUUUCUUACUCCGGAUGGAAUUACUUGAAUUUUAUGACGGAGGAACUGAAAAAUCCUUAUGUGAAUCUUCCACGCGCGAUCUACAUAUCACUGCCAUUGGUGACGUUGAUCUACGUUAUGGCGAACGUGGCAUAUCUCGCGGUGCUAACGCCAACCGCUAUGAUCGCUUCUGACGCUAUAGCCGUGACUUUUGGCAAUCAGCUUCUUGGAUACUUGGCUUGGACGAUACCCUUGAUGGUAGCUGUGUCCGCUCUUGGAGGACUGAGCGUUCAUAUCAUGACUUCAUCAAGAAUGUGCUUCGUCGGUGCAAGGAAUGGUCAUUUCCCCUCGAUGCUGAGCCACAUUAACAUGUCCAGACUCACGCCUACGCCUGCCUUGGUAUUUCUGUGUAUUCUGUCCCUCGUGAUGUUGUGCACAACCGAUAUAUUCGUACUGAUCACGUACUGUAGUAUAGUAGAAUCAUUUUUCAUCAUGGUCUCUGUGGGUGGGAUGUUGAUGCUACGCUUUAAGAGGCCUAACAUGGAACGGCCGAUCAAGGUACCGCUCUGGAUUCCUAUCGUAUUCGUGUCAUUGUGCGCUUUUCUGGUUGUCGUACCGUGCUUCAGCAGGCCCUUCGAGGUCAUCAUGGGUCUUUUGAUCACUGCUUCCGGCAUCCCCGCGUACCUGUUGGGCAUCGCUUGGAAAAACAAGCCGCUGUGGUACCAGAAGAUCAACAUCAAAGUUACUCUCACCGUACAAAAAUUGUUCCUGUCGGCGAGGGAAGAACGUGAACUCGAUGACUAAAUGAGUACGGCGAGGUCAGGGAAUUUGGCCGAAAUGAGGCUAAGAAUCUGCUCAGAUGAUGUGGAAGAAUUGUGAAGAACGAAAAGAAUUGUACGAUACGCAAAUUUGGAAAAUCGAGUUCAGGAUUGAAUUAAAAAUCAUAUCAAGAGUCGGAAAGAGCGAAAACUUUAAGAUUCGAAAAAAUUGGAGAAGAAAGUGAUUAUACUUAAGAAUUUCAGAGCGAGACUGAUUCUCUAAAAUAUGUAAGAGCGUAUUAUAAAAAUGAUCUUAUUAUAUAUUACGUAUUACGAAUAGGAUAGAUCUGAGAAUUGCAUUUUAUUAUUCUCGAUAUUGAGCCAAAUGAGCGCUUUUGUGUGUUAGUAUUAUUGAUAUUACCAUUAUUUGAUUGUUUGUACUGAUUUAUAUUAUUAUUGUAUAUAUUGCAAGAUUUUCUUGAAGUGCUGUGUGAUACAUUUCUGAAAGAAAGUAAGUAGCCGAGAAUUUCAGAAAUUGUAUUUUGAUAUAAAAUUAUAUGUUACAAAAUAUAAGACAAAAAAAGACAGAAAAAAAA